ACUAAACAUACUUAUACGAUGCAGAAUGUCGUGUGAAUCAACUACAAACAAACGUUAUCAAUGAAACAAAGAAUUAUUAUCAAAAUAAAAAAUUAUCGAAUUACUUUCGAUAAUUAACUCCGGUCUUCCGUGCAAACCGCAAGAUACAGAUAAAGGGACCGAUCGACGGUGGAAAAUAUUCACUACCCACUUCAUAAUUCUAUCAGUUUGAGUCGACCGACUGAACGGCAAAAUAGAAAAAAUGACGAAAACUUAUAAUCUCGUAACGCUUUAUUAUAAAGGACAUUCACCGCUGAAAAAAAAGGACAAUUCUUAUCUCAUGUGCCUUUAUACCAUGCUCUUCGUUCUGUUCGCUAUGGUGAUAAUUUUGUUGUUAUGCACUGUCUACAACUUCGACCCGACAGAAAAUGAAGAUAUACGCAUAUACAAUACACCGCAACCUUUGAAAAAAAUAGUUGCUUCCACUACAACUACAAGUACACCAACAACCGUACAGAAUCAACUGAACUACUACUUCGAAGAAACACCAGAACCAAUUGUCAACUGGGAUAAGGUGGUGGAUUUUUUUAUUGGAACAGAGGAAACAAACGAAGAAAAUGGGAAUGCACCGAUUGAAAAACAUACAGAAACGGACGGUGGAGUGCCUUCGAAUACCGCAGCAGCUCAAUUAGCUUCGAAUUCUUCCUCCGAAGAAGUAUCUCAAAUCAAUAAGAAGGACUUCAAUGAAUCUAUCAACGUCUCAAAAGUGCCUCGAGAACACUACAACGAAGGUCAUAAAUUUGAAGCCGAAAACUCCUUCAGUGUCACACCAACAACAAAAAUAAAGGAUACUGGCAACAAGUCAACAAAAAACUAUGAAUCACCAUUAUAUAACAACUUAAUCCAAACAGAAUCUACAAAAAAGUCUCAGCUAAUACUAAUGGAUGCUACAACUCCUACAGUUAAAGAGAAUUUUUUUGAAUGGCCUGAAGCAAUAGAGGAAGUAGAGACACCUCCACCUUCUUCACCGCAAAACGAAGAAGUGGAAUGGGUACCAAAAUUUCAAAAUUUAAGGAUAGGGAACAAAACAGCUCGCUUUGAGGUUCAAAAGGAUUGUGAAUCUGCCAGGUGUAAAAUGGCAGCCUCGAGCAUGCUGAGUUCUAUCAACCUGUCUAUAGAACCUUGCCAUGAUUUUUACAGUUUUGCUUGUGGUGGUGCAUCAAGGGGCAAAAGGUACGAACCAGAUCUCUUCUCUGGGAAAUCUACACCAAAAUUUGAUUUUGUUAAAAAAUUUAACUGCUUCUACAAAUCUUGCCUGUACCAUGAAAUACAUUUUAAUUAUCGUGAUAGAAUCAGAAGCACCAAACAAAUGUUGGGUAAUAUUGGAAUGUUCUCUUUCUAUCAGAGAAAGAAUAACAUUGACUUAACUGAUGUUUUUGCGAGUUUAGUUUUUUUAGAAGCGAUGCCCUUAUUCAACAUUGAUAUUGAUGUAAUGAAUUCAACAUUUAUAAUAAAGAUUCUUCCUCCUGAUAAAUCAUUAACAAGUAAAUAUUGGUCCCCGCUAAAAGAAAUACGGAGAAACUGCUUGAGAAUCACACAGCCUGAGAAUUACCAGUCUCCUAUAGACAUCACAUUCUUAUAUUAUGAUUAUGAAGAAUGCCAAAGAAAUAAUGAUUAUUUAAAAUCUCUUGAAACUGCAAUGGAAGAAUUAGGAAACUUCGGAAAUAUGAGCAAUAUACAAAGAGAGAUGUAUAUUGAAGACACUCUUGAGAUUGUCCAAAAAGACCUACUUUCAAUACUGGAUGAAAUACUUCCAGUACCUGACAUACAAGAAUCAGUUGUUAAUUUAGAUUACACUCUUAUGAAUGUUAGAGAAUUGGAAAAUCAAUUCCCCCUGAUUCAUUGGCAAGAAUUCUUCAAACAAGUCAAUUCUGGUGAAAUAGAAACCGCAUCAUCAGUGCAAAUGUAUCACAAAGAAUAUUUUCUAAUGUUAUUUGAAAGACUUUCUUCUCUAGAAACCGAUAGACUGAUACGCGGUUUUACUGCUGUCUUAUUUGAGAAAUAUUACCAGGAAGUAGUUCUUCCCACACCUAGAGAAUCCAGAUCUAAGUUCUGCAGGGUAAUGAGUAGAAAGUUCUUUCCUGAUAUUUCAAACUAUCUAUACCGAAGAACUUCAAUCAAUGAAGAAUUUAAUGAGCGUAAAACCUACUUAGUUGAUGUAUUCAAAAGUAUGCAGAGAAAUUACAAAGACUUGUUAAGUAGUCUGGACUGGUUGGACGACGCAUCUAGGAAUUCAAUGAUGAACAAGGUGAAAAAUUUAAAAAUAGACACUGCGUCAAACGAUUUGACCAGGGAAACAAUUUAUUUGAGUGAACUUUAUAAUGAAUUGUAUUUGAAACGAGAAGAUUUCAGUUUUAAUUAUCAUGCAGCAGUGUAUUACAGAAGGAAAAGGUUUUUUUCCCUCCAUGGAAAGCCUGUGGAGAAUGAAAAUAUUUUCAGGAAUUUUGUAGAUCAUUUUAAAGAAGAACCAGUGUUUUUUUAUGGCCAUAAUGUUGUGUGUUUACCUGACAGUUUAGUGAGUAAGACUUACCUGGACUUGCCGAGGUAUCUAACAAUAGCAAAAAUUGGUUUUCCACUAGCCAAAGUGAUUGGUCAUACUUUGGAUCCAAUCGGUAUAAAAUUCGGUAUCCAAUUGAGUAGGAAUGUCAGUUCACUAUAUAAGAAAUUCGUUAGAGAAUCAAAAAAAACUCUACCUCAUCACUCGAAUUUCAAUAACUUAGAUGUGGUGUUUAAUUUGAAUAGCCGAUUAUCAGAAGCCCAAAGAAUUGCAGAAAACUGUGGUAUGGUUUUAUUGACAAACUCAAUGGAAGAAAUACAGCACCAGGCUUUACUACCAUUGGCAUCAUUCACUUUUUCAAGGGAAAAGAUAUUUUUUAUGGCAAUGGUACAGGAGUUUUGCAAAGAUAUGUCUUUGAUGGAAUUUGUCAUUCAAGCACAUGAAAGUUCUGUUCUGCCGCCACAGUUUCAGGUUCUUAACAUUCUGCAGAAUUCUGAUGUAUUUAAUGGACAAUUCAGUUGUCGUCCUGUCACAAAAAUACCUCAUUUGCAGUUUCCUCAUUUAUCUGUUCUUCUACAAAGAAACAGUGAUAAAAUAACUUAAUAAUAAGUGUCACUGUGUGUUUGUGUGUGUAUUUACAAUAAAUAUGUUUGUUUUAUCAAUAAAUUUUUACAUUUAA